AUGCGGCCGAUGUGGGGGAGCGCGGGGGCGGGGGGGCGCCGCUGCGUGCGGGGUGCGCCGCGCGGCGGCAGUCUUGUGCCGGUAGUCGGUAGUGUAACCGAGCGACUACGGGAGUGGUCUCCGCCGCGUCGUCGCUCGUUCGUAGUCGUAGUGCGCCCGCCGGCCCGCCCCACGCCGCCGGUGCUUUUUCCAUGGAUACCCAAAGUCAGGAUGUCGCUAACAGCCCCGGCGAGGUGCCCAACGACCCCGGGAAGAUGUUCGUCGGAGGGCUAA